AUGGCAGCCUCCCAAGAAGACCCAUUGUCACGUGGACUUCUUCCCCCUCGCCGCGCAGUCCACGAUUCAUCCCACGCGCACCCCCCAUCCCCUUAUAAAACCCGCCAAUCCCCUCUUUCCCCGCCCGCAAAGCAGAAGCUCCAACCCCCUCCCGCUCUUCUUCUCAUUCAGCGCACCAUGGAUGAAUCCGAAAUACAAAUUCCCUCUUUCUUUCUCUGCCCCGUAUCCCUCCAAAUCAUGCGAGAUCCCGUCACUCUGCCCACCGGCAUCACCUACGACCGCGAAAGCAUCGAACACUGGCUCUACUCCGCCAACCAGAACACCUGCCCUGUAACCAAACAACACAUCUCCGACUUCGAUAAUCUAACCCCCAACCACACCCUCCGCCGCCUCAUCCAAUCCUGGUGCACCGCAAACGCCUCCAGCGGCAUCGAACGCUUCCCUACCCCCCGCCCUCCCAUCACCAAACCCCAAAUCUCCGCUCUCCUCGACGAAUCCACCCGCCUCCCUAACUCUCUGCUUUCCUCCCUUGCCAAACUCAAGAGAAUUGUCUCCGAAAGCGAGCGCAAUAAACGCUGCGUUGAGGCCACUCCCGGAGCCAUCGAUUUUCUCGCCUCCAUCAUCUCAAACCUCUCUACCGAAAACGAAGACGAAUUUGCAAGCGAUGAAGCCGUAAGCAUUCUCUACUCUCUCCAACUCUCCCAACAAAGCCUCCGCGAUUUGCAGGAACGAAACCAAGACUUAAUUAAGUCUUUGACCGCCAUCCUUCGUCGCUCUGCCAAUUAUCAAACUCGAGCCCAUGCGGUUCUGCUCAUCAAGGCGCUCAUCGGUGUAGUUCCCCCCUCAAGAUUAAUUAGCGUUGGACAAGAGUUCUUUGAAGAGAUAGUAAAGGUUUUAAGAGACCGCAUCUCUUACCAAGCCAUGAAAGCCGCGCUGCAGGUGCUAUACGGGGUGUGCCCGUGGGGGCGGAACGUCGUGAAAGCGGUGAAAGCAGGGGCGGUCAAAGUGGUGGUCGAGCUGCUUCUCGACGAGCCGGAGAAAAGGGCAUGCGAGAUGAUGAUGGUUGUUCUUGACGAGCUUUGCGGCUGCGCGGAUGGAAGGAAGGAGGUGGUCGGGCAUGCCGCCGGUCUGGCGGUGGUCUCUAAGAACAUGGUGAGGGUGUCAGCGGUGGCAACGGCGAGGGCGGUGAGUCUGGUGUAUUCUAUAUCGAACCAGGCGGCGCCGGCGGUGGUGGAAGAGAUGCUGCAAGUGGGUAUUGUUUCCAAGCUUUGUUUGUUGCUUCAGGUGGAGUGUGAGAAGAGUACGAGGAAGAUGGUGAAGGAUGUUUUGAGCAUGCAUCUUAAUGUUUGGAGACGAUCGCCUUGUUUGACAACUCGGCUCAAGGAUUUUGAUCCAUAUCAUUCAUGACAAUACUUUGAAAAGAGUGGAAGUUUAGAGAAAAUUCAGGGAAAUAAUGAAGGAUGAUUUGAAUAUAUGCAUGACGGCAAUACCGGCUCAAGUUCUCUGUUUUUACAUAUCUAAUGCCCAAAUUUUAAUUUUUACAUGUGGGCAAUCUUAUAGAUGCAUAAAAAAGUAGUAUUUCAUUUGUUAAGAAUAAAGAAAAUGGUUGCAAUUUUA